AGUAGACCACAGAGGUGCGCGCGCGCAAGUUACGCGACUGUUAUCUAGUGCUAAAGAGGAUUAUUUCGUACUUUUAUAUAUUUAUGUGUGACAAAAAUUUAGCGUGAUGAAGUGGCUGGUGCUGUGGUCGCUGCUGGCGGCGCGCGUGCUGCAUCAGCCGACGCAGCCGGUGCGCACGCGCAGCGGCCUCGUGCGCGGCGCCGUCUCCCGCGACGGCAAGCUCUUCCAGUACUUCGGCAUUCCUUACGCCACGGUUGAUGAGAGUAACCGCUUCCAGGCGCCGCUGCCACCUCCGACAUGGACGGGAAUCUUCGAGGCCGUCGACGAAAACACGUGGUGUCCUCAGAACUCCGGCGGCAUCCCCAUCGGAGAGCCGAACUGCUUGAAACUGAACGUGUACACGCCGGUGCACAUCACCAAACCUCUCCCCGUCAUGGUGUUCAUCCAUGGAGGAUGCUUCUUCAGCGGCACCGGAUCACCUUUCCUCUACGGCGGCGACUUCCUGGCAGAAAAUGACGUCGUAUUCGUGGGCAUUAAUUAUAGACUCAGCGUGGAAGGGUUCCUAUGCCUAGGUAUUAAAGAAGCUCCAGGUAAUGCUGGAUUGAAGGACCAAAUAGCUGCGUUGAAGUGGAUACAGGAGAAUAUCGAAGCUUUCGGUGGAAAUCCCAACGACGUGACGCUAUUUGGUGAAAGUGCUGGUGCAGUGUCCACUUCCCUCAUGAUCCUGUCAUCUGCUGCUACGGGAUUAUUCCACAAAGCUAUCCUUCAGAGUGGAUCUUCAUUGGCGCCGUGGGCACUUCAGCAUGACCCUAUCGGAGCAGCUAGCGCUCUAGUCAGAAAAUUCGGAUACAAUACCAAAGACCCCAAAGAAAUUCACAGUAUUCUAGCUAGUAAAACACCCAAAGAAAUUCUUAAUGUUAUUAGAAAAUAUGAAGACAAAUUCUGUCUUGCUGAAAAAGAUCUGUUUGUUCCAUGUGUGGAAAAACCAUUAGAGGGAGUGGAGCCAGUCGUGACAGAGUACCCCGCAGAUAUCAUCAGAUCUGGGAACUACACGAAAGUGCCUAUGAUCAUUGGCUACACAGACAAAGAAGGCAUUUACUUUGUAGGAGCAGACUAUGGCACCAGUAUUAAAAAUAAUUCUGAUGAAAUAAAUCCUUUGAACACGUUGCAAUCUGAUUUAGAUUUUCCGAGCGAGUUGGACAAGAACUGCACAGCUGAGGUGAUAAAGCGUCAUUACUUCUCGACUUAUGAGGAAAACUUGAUAUUGAACAUGGUGGAUCUAUACUCUGAUGUUCACAUAAAGUUCCCGCUGGUGUUGGAGUCGGAACUGUAUGCCAUGACGACAGACCAGCCCAUAUAUUACUAUCUGUUCCGAUACGAUGGGCUCAGAAACAUGCCGAAGAUAAUCUCAGGGUUCUGGAACGUGGUGCAGGGCGCGUCGCACGCAGACGAGCUGUUCUAUCUGUUCAAGCCUCACGGGUUCCCGCUGCUGCACGCCGCGGAGAAGCACAUGAUCAGCCGGAUGGUCACCAUGUGGACUAACUUCGCUAAAUACACAGACCCAACUCCUCACUCAUCUCGUCUGACUCCGUUCCGCUGGCGUCCGUCGCGGCAGGCGAACCCUCGCGCGCUCAUCAUCGACUCGCGCGUGUCGGUCGCGCCGCUCUGGGAGGAGGCGUCCGUCAAGCUGUGGAACGACACCUACAACAAGUACAGGAGGAAACAUUACGGGGCCCAGCAGUUCCAGUACUAUGACGAUCUAGUUUCUUUUAAUAGUUUCCAUUAGAUUUUGAAAAUACUUUUUCAGUCAGCCCAUCUACUUUCCUAGCUCAAAAUGAUGGAUUUAUAUACUGAUUUGCAACUAAUCCUUUCUCUUAAAUUAAUUUCAAUGAGCAGAGAGAUUUCAUUUUUCAAGUAGGUAGACUGUGAAUGUAACACAAUCUCGUCUCGUCAAUGUUGGUUCUUAGAAUAUCAUCAAAAAGGUUUUCUUACAGUUUUCCUCGACUUACAAUCUCAUAUUCUAUCUUUACAUUGAUCAAAUGCACGAACUUAUUAUUAAAUAAUGUAAAUAUUGUAAAUAAUAUUUAAGUAAGUUGUAAGUUUAAUUUAAGAUACUUUUAGUUUUGGGGAGGUAAAGGAGGUGACAGGAAAGGGAAUGGCGUGGGAACAUCUCGAUCUCUAGUUUA